AUGGCGGCCAUCGCCCAUGCGCACACUCCAAUCGGAGCCCCAGAGGUGCUCGACGGGGCGCCCGCCUCGAUGUCCGGCAUGUCGCUGGGCAGCCGGAACUCGGAUGGCCGGAGUCCCCGUUGCGAGGCUUUCCUCAUGACGGGCGACAAGAUCCUCAACCUCACGCCUAACAUCUCGCCCUGUUAUGCCAAGCUGGCCGGCGAACAGUUGCCGCCGAAUUCGCAGAUAGCCGAGACGCCGAGGCGUCCGCUUGACCACGAAUUUCCGUCCGUCAGGAGGAGCAGAAUCCCGAAGCGUGAUUUCGGUCAGGUCGCUUCCAAUUCGAAGGAAGGUUCGGAGGAGCGGACGCUGCAAGUGAUUUCUCCACUGAAUCUUGUUGAUUGUCAGCCGGAAAAUUCUCGCGCGAAUGAGAAGGCGGAUGGCAAUCGAGAACUAGAGCAAGGUCCAUCAACUCCCCUCGAAACCGAAGAGAAAAUGUCAUUCGAAGGAGUGCCAACGAGGGAGCGCAUCGACUCCUCGAUGCAGACAUCCAUCUGCGCUAUGGCCCCAACCUCAUCACACCCGCAGCUCAGACACAAAACUUCGAGCUCCGAUACGUUUGUUAUUGCGAAGGGCAGCCCGACGAAGGACAGCGCCGUCACCGUAAAUGCAGUGAUGAACACGCCGCGCAAAUCGGUCACACCAAUCACUUCUGGCUGCACCAGUCCAGCUAUCAAUCGCAUCCGCACCAUGGCUUCCGGCUCGAUUUCUUCGGCGGGUCGACUCGACCAUUCCGGCAACCCAGCAGCGACACUAGCUCGCCAUCUCUUCUGCUUGAAUGGCCAUACGACGGCGCAGGUCGCCCAACAGCUUGACCUUCAGAACGACUUUGCGCGUGUUGUAACCGAGUACUACUUCAAUCUGCUACAGUUCCAGGGCAAGCGCAUCGAUGCGGCCAUCCGAGAAUUCAUGUCACGGGUCGAGUUGAUCGGGGAAACGGCACAGCGAGAACGACUGCUACAGCAUUUUUCCGAGCGUUACUACGAGUGCAACCCGUCGCUGUUCAAGUCUACUGAUGAUGUCCAUGCGCUCACUUGCGCUCUUCUCCUCUUGAACUCCGAUCUGCACAAUCCGAACAACGGCAAGAAAAUGACUGCUCGGGAAUUCGUAAACAACAUCGCCGGAACUGGGACUAGCAUCGAGCCGCGACUUUUGAAGGCGCUGUACAACAGUAUCAAGCAGAAGCCGAUAAUAGCGGAUCAGCCCGUCACGACGUUGUCGCGCAACGGAACCAUCAAGAAGGCUCUUCGUCUGGCCGAGGUUGACCCCGAGAGCCAAGUCGAAUACAAAUCUGGCUGGCUGAUGCGCAAAUGCCUCUACGACUCGGAGGGUACCCGAACCCCAUUCGGACGACGGGGCUGGCGAAUGUGGUACGUGCGGCUGCGCGGCUUGGCACUUUACUUUGAUCGUGAAGAAGUGAUAAAGAAGCGCUCUCGAUGGGAGACCUUCUCCAACACGAUACUGCUUCACCACGCCGUCGCCAGCGAAGCCCUGGACUACGACAAGAAACCACAUUGUUUCCGACUCCGCACCGCCAAUUUUGGGGAGUAUCUCUUCCAAACAAGUGACAGCGUCGAAGUUGCCAACUGGAUAAGCGAGAUCAACUUUGUCUGCGCCUCGCUCUCCACCAAAUCUCUGCCGCCGGCCGUUUCCGCGUGUUCAUUCACAAAACCGCGUCUACCCGCGCUCCCUUCGACGGCUAGCCUCCCGGAUCAGGUCAAGAAUCACGAGAAUGCCUGUGCUACGCUGAAGCACCAGCUGGAGACGGUGCGCGAGAAUGCCCCGCCAAUCAAUGCGAAAGGGCGUGUGGUUCACGAAUUCUUCUAUCGCGAACGCUUUUUGACGGCUGAGAUUGAGCGCUACGACAGAUAUGCCAUCAUACUUCGCCAUAAGCUCGGUCCGCAGGUUCUCGCCAAGCUCGGUGGCGGCUCUUCGGAUAGCACCUCCGGCGUCCACUCGAAAUCCGACCUGGCUGACGACGCGGACAAGCUCUCCUACCGCGAGGCCCUCCAACACAACGGCCAUUAU